AUGGAAACAGUCUCAAAGUCAGCAUUGCACAGUGAUGAGAACAAGAUAUGCGUCAGGUGGCAGAACGUUGAAGACCACCUCAUGAUUCUUCAUUUUGGUGAAGUGAAACAUUGUGCUAAUAUAGCAGCUUUUGACCUUGAUGGAACGAUAAUAGUAACAAAAACAGGGAAAACUUUUCCUCAAAAUGAACAUGAUUGGCAGUUUUUUUGUGAUAUCGUACCGAAAGUAUUGGUUGAUGCUGUGGAAAACGAUUUUAAAGUGGUGAUUUUUACGAAUCAACGAGGUAUACAGACAGGUUCCCAGGAUCGUGGUGCUUUUUGCAGAAAAGUAGAAAGAGUAUGUCAGCGCAUUAACGUUCCCAUGCAGGUGUUUGUUUCCCUGGGAACAUUAAAAUAUCGUAAACCGUACAUUGGUAUGUGGAAUUUUUUUUUGAGCUAUGAAAACGGAAGCAUUUCAGUAAAUCGACAGUCAUCAUUUUAUGUUGGUGAUGCUGCGGGUCGCAUCCAGACAAAUAUUCGGAAGAAAAAAGAUCAUUCAGCUGCUGAUCGUUUAUUUGCUUUGAACAUUGGAAUUAGUUUUUCGACCCCAGAGCAGUACUUCCUCAAGCAGAUGCAAGUGGAAAAUUAUGUACUGCCAUCUUUUUCACCAUCAUCUUUGUUGGACUCGAAAAUUUCCUUAUUUGAUCCAGAGGAUGCUCCUGUACCAGGGGAUAGUUUGGAGGUUCUUAUAUUUGUUGGCUAUCCAGGAUGUGGCAAGACUAGUCUUGCUCAGAAAUUGGCUACGAAAUAUAGCUAUGGUGUUGUGAAUCGAGAUACAUUAAAAACAUGGCAGAAAUGUGUUGAAUAUGCGCAAAUUUUUUUAAAACGAAAGCAGAGUGUUAUUAUUGACAAUACCAAUGCUGAUCGAAAUUCAAGAAAACGAUACUGCAAUGUUGCUAAAUCAUUUGGAGCUGUUACGCGAUGCUUUUUGUUCAAUUGUACACUGGAACAAGCAAUGCACAAUUGCAAAUAUCGUGUCCUUAUCGGCGCUGAUCUAGAACACACUGAAAUCGGGCAAGCAGUACUCAAUAGUUAUAAGAAAAAAUUUGAGGAGCCGGAGUUAUCAGAAGGAUUCUUAUCCAUUGUUAAAGUUAAUUUUGUACCUGAAUUUGGUUGCAGUGAGCAUGAAGCAAUAUUUAGGAUGUAUUUGUGUGAUUCUUGA